AUGAAAAGAAAAUCUCUUAAACUUUCUUCGAUCAUUUUUUUUUGCCUGUUAGGAUUGCUAGUAUUGACUGUUAUUGUUGAUGCUCAUAAUAACCACCAUAAUAAACACCAUUAUCAUGAUAAACAUCAUCAUUGUAAACAUAAUAAAUGUAAAACUAUAACUACCACUACGACAAAAACUUCCACUGUAACCUCUUCAACUUGCAAACCCACUCCCACCCUUAAAAAUUCUAAACUUAAUUGUCCUGAUCAUCGAAAGUACGAUGAAAAAAGCUGCGGUCAUGGCCAUAAUCGUCAUUGUACAAAAACUGUCACUUGUACGCGUACGAAAACCACGUGUGUUACUCCACCACCCACUUGUGUUCCUGCUGGUGGGGAAUGCAAACUUGUAGAUCCAGGUGCUUGCUGUAAUCUAACUUGUGAAAGCGUUGCCGGAGAUGUCGGAAAAUGCUUAUAA